GGCAGCGUGCGCGCGACCGGCGGAGAGGGCGCCAAACCUGGAAGCGUGCGACGUCUGUGCGUGGUUUUUUUUUCUUUUUCUGUUUUUUCUCUACAGAAAAGUGACCUCUCAAAUUGACCAUGGUGUCAGAGGCGGCGGCAAUUCGCAAGUUCGUCACACGAGAGCUGAAGAGGUGCUCGGACCUCAGUACUUUGACACUUGGCAUCCUACGGAAGAAGUAUCUGGAGCAUGUGGGCAGGGACUCACUUCCUGCAGAAGACAGACAGUUGCUCAAGCAAAUCGUAGAAGAGGAACUUUUAAGAAUGCAGGGCAGCAGCAGCAGCAGUGAUGAUGAACCUUUAAUAAAGAGCAUGGCUCCACCACAAAAGCAAAAUAAACGCAAAAGGGAAGAGGAAGAUGUGGAAGAGGCAGAAAACGAUGAUGAUGUAUCUAGAAAGAAGAAAUCACGUUUUGCCUCAGAUCCCCCAGAUUCCCCAGACUCUGGAAUAGAGAAAGUGGCAAAUGAGGAACAGCUUAAAGAAGAUGCUGAUGGAACUGAUAAGGACAUGGAGGAAGAGAGUAAAGAAGAACAGACUGCAAAAGUUCCAAGGAAGAAAACGACCGUAAGGCAUAAUGUGAAAAGGAAUAGGAAGGAAGACAUAAGUUCAGGAAGUGAUGAAGAGGAGGAGGAGGAGGAGGAGGAGAAGAAUAAGGCAAAAAAGAAGGGGAAGGUUUUAAAUGGUGAGGAAGAGGAUCACAUCACCUCCAGCAGUUCAGAUGAAGACAAAGAAAAUCAACAAGCAAAAGCCAGAGGUGGAAAGAAAAAGCAGUGCAUGAGUUCUGACAGCGUGGAGGAGGUGAGCGAUGAAGAGAUGAAAAAUGAAGACAAAGAAAAUCAAAAGAAAGCAAAAGCUCGAGGUGGAAGGAAAAAGCAAGGUGCGAGUUCGGACAGCGUAGAGGAGGUGAGCGGCGAAGAGGUGAAAACCAAAGGUAAGAAAAAGGCUGUUGGAAAACAGAUCAAAGCAGGUGCUCAGAAGAAAAGAAAAGGAAAAGAAGACAAAAAAGAGUCAACAGAGAGUGAAACUGUGAGAAAAGUGCAGAAGGAAGUCUUCGGGAGUAGCUCCGAAAGCGAAGAAGACGUGGCAAGGAAAACUGAAAAGAAAGAAACGAGCGAAAGCAGUGAUGAUGAGAGUGAUAAAGAAACUGACACAAAGAAAGAUGUUGUUGAUAAAAUGUCCUCGGAUGAAGAAGAGAAAGAAACAGUGAAAGUAAAGGAUAAAGAUCGGGUAGAGGCAGAGGAUUCAGACUCCUCCUCUUCUUCCUUGCCCUCUCUGGAGGAGGAUGAAGAAGCGGGGGGGAUGAAACUGAAACAGGAAGAAAAGACGAAAAAAAAGAGUGUGCCGAAGAAGAGUAGUGAAAUGAGUGAGAGCAAGGCCAAAGGAGGAAAGGACGAUGAGAACAAAGCCGUGUCCAGACUUAAGCGCUACAUCGCCACCUGUGGUGUACGCCGGAACUAUAAGAAGCUGUUCGAGGGCUGCCGCUCAGUGAAGGCCAAAGUUGCUGUGCUGAAGAAAGAACUGGAAGAGCUGGGGGUGGAGGGUCAGCCUUCCAUUGAGAAGUGUAAAAAAGCCAGAAUGAAGAGGGAGGAAGCUCAGGAGCUGGCAGAACUGGAUGUCAGCAAUAUAAUCUCUGCUCAGGGUCGUCCUAAACGCCGAACUGCAGCACCAUGGACGGAUUUUCAGAGAAGCUCACCUCCUCCAUCAGCCUUCAAGCGUGUGGUGAACUCUGACUCGGACAGUGAAGAGGCCAGUGUGGACAGAGGGCGCAAGAGAGCAACAGACUGGAGCAACCUGCGGGGGAUCAUCAGCGACGACGCAGACAGCAACUAGCCAGCUUUUUACAUUAGAAACAAAGUGUUUAUAAUGCAUUCUGUUCAACUGCUUCAGACUAAAUUUCCAUGUUUGUUACUUAUGUUUUGUUACCAUGAAUAUUUAUCAGUGCACUACUUUUAUAUAUUAAUGUUACUUUAUGCAAUUUAUUGAAAU